UGGAGGAGAGAGCAGUGUCUCUGGAUCCUGUUAGACUGCGUGAGGAUGUCCAACAUUCACCGACUCCCACUGAUCACAGUGCUCCUGUUGUUGUGGUUUGGCGAGGCCAAUGGACGUCAGUUGGAAACUCAAGAGAUUGUGUUGGAGCCCUCAGCGAGCCUGACCCUGAACUGCCCGGGGAGUGGAGAGGUGAAAUGGCAGUUCAAAGAAGCCUCUGGGAGCUACUUUGAACAUGAUGGAGCCUCGCUGCCUAUACUCAACUCAACUGCCUUGGACACAGGGGAGUACCACUGCUUCAGGGACGACCUCCUCGUGAAGAUCUUCUAUGUUUUUGUUCCAGAUCCUCGCAUGUGGUUUCUCCCACAAAGUCCGGACGAGCAGGUUAUCAUGAUGGAAUAUUCACUGGCGUUCCUGAUCCCGUGUCGGAUCACAAAUCCUGAGCUCAACGUCACCCUAUAUCACGAUGAGACCCAGUCCCUGUGGGAAACUCCCUUCAAUAAAUACGAGGGAUUUUUUGAUAGGUUCGAGGACGGCACCUACAUCUGUAUAGCAGAGCUUCUAGGAGUGCGUCGGGAAUCUGAGCCAUACAUUGUGCAGACCUUCAAAGUUUCACCGUAUCUUGAUGUUCAGCUUCACACCUCCAAAAGCAUCGUGAAAAUAGGGGAAGCCAUCAACGUGACCUGCUCAGUGAAAGGGAACCAACUGGUGCAUUUUAACUGGAGCUACCCGAGAAAGGAGUGGGGGAAGGAAAAGGAAAAGAAGGAGACGGUGAUUGACGGGGCUCAGGAGGUGCACUCAACUCUGCUUCUGGAAGAGGCGAGACUGGCAGACUCCGGAGUCUAUAACUGCACCGUCCUGGGAUAUUAUGAGCAUCAGUUUGAGAAGAAAUCCCUUGAAAUUAUUGUUCUUGAGCAUGGAUUUGUACGUCUGGAAACCGAGAUGAGUGACAUAGAAUACGCCAACCUUUCUGAGGUGAAGAGCUUUGCUGUUAGUAUCACAGCUUACCCUCCGCCGCUCGUCAUGUGGCUGAAGGACAAUGUGCCGUGCAAUGAGAAGACCAAUCAGAUAACAUUCAGCAACAAAUCACUGGGGGGAAACCGCUAUCAGAACGUCUUGAACCUGAUCCGUGUAAAUGAAGAAGAUAUCGGGAACUAUAGCAUUUCUGUUUGGAACGAAGGUGACAAGAAACAGAUUACCUUCAGUUUAAGAGUAAACGUACCGGCCAGAAUCCUGACGCUGACUGACCGCCAGCACCCCAACGGGAAGCAGACAGUGACAUGUGUGGCUGAGGGCUCCCCGGUCCCUGAAAUCAGUUGGUUCACGUGCAACGAUCUGAAAAGGUGCAACUCAGGGAAGGUGUGGAACCCGCUGCCCCUGAACUCCAGCACGUUCCGUGUGGAGAGCUUCCGUGUGGAGAACGGUGAGCUGGGGCCGAUGCGGGUACAGAGUGUCCUCACACAGCAGGAGAUAGUGGAGACUGCAGCCGUGCGCUGCACCACCACCAACCCCUUCAGCUCGGAGAGCCGUCAGGUCAAGCUGGUCUCCACGACUCUCCGCUCCCAGCUGGUCAUUGUGGCAGCUAUCCUGGUGCUGCUGAUCAUCAUCGUCGUCGCUCUGGCCAUCCUGGUGGUGGUUUGGCAGCAGAAACCCCGGUACGAGAUCCGAUGGAAGGUUAUUGAGUCCGUCAGCCUGGAUGGACACGAGUACAUCUACGUAGACCCCAUGCAGCUGCCAUAUGAUUCCAGCUGGGAGUUCCCCCGAGACCAGCUGUCCCUGGGUCGGACUCUGGGCUCGGGAGCUUUUGGCAGGGUCGUGGCAGCCACCGCCUGCGGCCUGAGCAGCUCCCAAUCAGCCAUGAAAGUGGCCAUCAAGAUGCUGAAAUCAACAGCCAGGAGCAGCGAGAAACAGGCCCUGAUGUCGGAGCUGAAGAUUAUGAGCCACUUGGGGCCUCAUUUAAACAUUGUCAACCUCCUGGGAGCCUGCACCAAAGGAGGUCCCAUCUACAUCAUGACCGAAUACUGUCGCCACGGAGACCUGGUGGAUUACCUACACAGGAACAAGCACACUUUCCUGCAGGCCUACACCAAUCACAGCAGUCAACAGACAGAUAGAGUGACCCACGGCGAGGAGAGAGUCAAGAGCUACAUCGCUUUGUCGUUUGAGAACGAUGGAGGCUACAUGGACAUGAGCAAGGACAACUUCCUGGAGUACGUGCCCAUGGUGGAGGUGAAGAAUGGCACCAACUACACCGAAAUCGAGCACUCAGGCUACGACACGCCUUAUACCAACGAGCACUACUCCGCCACAGAGGAGGAUCGAAGGGAAGAUGUGCUGCUGAUCAGUGAGUCGGUGGCGCUCACCUACAUGGACCUGGUGGCCAUCAGCUAUCAGGUGGCCCAGGGAAUGGAGUUCCUGGCUUCCAAGAAUUGUGUCCACCGCGACCUAGCCGCCAGGAACGUGCUGAUUUGUGAGGGCAAACUGGCUAAAAUCUGCGACUUUGGUUUGGCCAGAGACAUCAUGAACGAUUCCAACUACAUUUCCCGAGGCAGCACGUUCCUGCCACUGAAGUGGAUGGCGCCAGAGAGCAUCUUCAACAGCCUGUACACUACACUCAGCGAUGUCUGGUCCUACGCUGUCCUCCUAUGGGAGAUCUUCACACUGGGUGGGACGCCCUACCCAGAGCUGCCUCUCAACGACCAAUUCUACAAUGCCAUAAGGCACGGUUACCGCAUGCCCAAGCCUCAGUACGCUGCCAGUGAAAUAUACGAAAUAAUGCAGAAAUGCUGGAACGAUGACUUUGAGAAACGCCCACCUUUCUCAGGUUUGGUGACAUCCAUGGGGAAGCUGCUAAAUGAGAGUUACAAGAAGAAAUAUAUGAAGAUUACCGAAGAGUUUUUGAAGAGCGAUCACCCAGCCGUCUGCCGCACUCGCCGGAGUUUUACCAACACCGACCAGAACGUGAUCUACUCCAACUGUGUGGGUAGCACACCAUCGCCCAGCGGAGCGAACAGCACCGAGAAUGGCUACAUCAUCCCCCUGCCCGACCCCAGCCCUGACCCCAGCCCUGACCCCGAGCCCAGCCCCGAGCCCAGCCCAGAGCCCACCAACGUGAACGGCAACUCGGAGAACGUUACCCUAGAGCACGGCACCGCGACCAGACCCAGCUCUCUGAUGAACGAGGGAAAUGAAGCAAACAUGCACCCCAGCCAGUGCUCGCAGGUAAAGCGUGAGCCCAGAGAGCAGGAGCAGACCAGCACUGACCCCAAAAUCAACCCGUCUGACGUAGAGGACAGUUUUCUGUAACAUUCCCACCCUGAUUUCCAGCUCACAAAAUAACGGAGAUAAAAAGGGAAAGUGGGAUUCGGUGACUGGAAAGUCAGCCUGCAGGACCCCACAGCUUCCACCUUCACAGGCUGAAAUCUCUUAUGGUUUUAGCCCUAAAACACUUGUCUUUAAAUUGACAAUUGUACAAAGUUUUUGGGGAUCUAAAUCUAAAUUUAAUGUAAAAGCUGGUUAUUAUAUAACAAACCAUGAAAGGCGCUUUGUUAAUGCAAAUAUACAAUACGCAAAUACUGUAAUAAUAUUAUAUUAAAAGAUUAGGCCAGAAGAAUCGCUUCCUCAGCUUUGAAGUCAGUGAGCUGUGGGUGGGGAAAGUUCAACUUUCAAGUUAAUCAAACGUUUAUUUCUAUAUAUAUAUAUUGACUUAUGUGCAAGUGAAAGGCUAUUAGUUGAUAAAAGAUCUCCGAUGUCCUACCUCUCUCUCUAUAUAUAUAUAUAUAUAUCUUUAUCCCAUCUUUUUCUAUUGUAUCAAUGCUACUAUGGUUAUUGAUCUAUUGUGCCUCCUUAAGUGCCAGACAUUCUGUCCCUCACACUGUCAAGUGUCAUGUUUUAGGGGUUUACACAGCAGCAUUUGGAACCGGCCAGGUGGCCCUUUGUUCCCACAAUUAAUCUGCCUUUAACACUACCAAUAACACUACCAAUGUAUUUGGAAUAGUUGUGGAGUCUUUUCGCUCUGCGUCAUUUCUAAGCCUAAUAGAGCUAUUUACAGUAGAGCGAAACCUUGGGCAAGUUUCCUUACUCCACACGGCUGAUAAUAAUC